UAGCUGCCAUCUGACAGCGAGUUGCGCGGGUUUAUGUUUCGCGGGAGCAGGCAGCUCACAAUAACAUAAUAUUGUUUAAUUUUUACAGAGGUGCGUUACUUUCGUCAUUCAAGGAGAAAGAUGAGUUUGUGGGUGGAUAAAUACAGACCAUCGUCCUUGGCUAAACUCGACUACCACAAGGAGCAAGCAAACCAGCUCAAAAAUCUGGUCCAGUGUGGUGAUUUUCCACACUUGUUGGUUUAUGGACCGUCUGGUGCUGGUAAGAAAACCCGGAUCAUGUGUUUGCUCAGAGAACUGUACGGACCCGGGGUCGAGAAACUCAGGAUUGAACACCAGUCCAUCACGACUCCUUCUAAAAAGAAACUUGAGAUCAACACAAUUGCCAGCAACUACCAUUUAGAGGUGAAUCCAAGUGAUGCUGGAAACAGUGACCGGGUGGUCAUCCAGGAGCUGAUCAAAACUGUUGCCCAGUCUCAGCAGAUUCAGUCCAGCGCGCAAAGGGAGUUCAAAGUGGUGCUACUGACGGAGGUGGACCGUCUCACUAAAGACGCCCAGCACGCUUUGCGCCGUACGAUGGAGAAGUACAUGUCCACUUGUCGAUUGAUCCUGUGCUGUAACUCCACAUCAAAAGUGAUUGCCCCCAUCAGGAGCAGGUGUCUGGCUGUGAGAGUCCCCCUACCAAGUGUGGAAGAGGUCUGCAGUGUUCUGUCAGGCGUGUGCAGGAAGGAGGGGCUUUUGCUUCCUCCUGAACUAGCCAAACAGAUCGCCGAGAAAUCAGGCCGUAACCUUCGUAAAGCCCUGCUGAUGUGUGAGGCCUGCAGAGUUCAACAGUAUCCAUUCUCUCCAGACCAGGACAUCCCUGAGACAGACUGGGAAGUUUUCCUCAGAGAGACUGCUAAUGCUAUAGUCAGCCAGCAGAGCCCUCAAAGACUUUUGGAGGUUCGGGGACAAUUGUAUGAACUUCUGACUCACUGCAUCCCGCCAGAAGUCAUCAUGAAGGGCCUGGUGACAGAGUUGCUAAGUAACUGUGAUGGACACUUGAAGGCUGAGGUGGCUCAGAUGGCCGCAUACUACGAACACAGACUGCAGCUGGGCAACAAAGCAGUCUACCACCUGGAGGCCUUUGUAGCUAAAUUCAUGGCCAUCUACAAGAAGUUUAUGGAGGAUGGACUUGACAACUUUAUGUUCUGAGCCACUGUAGCCUAAAAGAAAUAAGAUAUAUUAACUGUUUGUUUUUCAUAAUAAAAGCCAUUUCAAAUGUU